AUGGGCCAACAGUCUUUGAUCUACAGCUUCGUUGCUCGUGGAACGGUGAUCCUUGCUGAAUUCACGGAGUUCUCCGGUAAUUUCACCAGCAUCGCUGCGCAGUGCCUCCAAAAACUCCCUGCCACCAACAACAAGUUCACCUAUAACUGCGAUGGCCACACCUUCAACUACCUCGUCGAAGAUGGCUAUACUUACUGUGUUGUUGCUGUUGAGGCUGUUGGUAGGCAGAUUCCAAUUGCAUUCCUUGAGCGAGUCAAAGAGGAUUUUACCAAGAGAUAUGGUGGGGGAAAAGCUGCUACUGCCGUUGCUAAUAGCCUGAACAAAGAGUUUGGGCCCAAACUGAAGGAGCAGAUGCAGUAUUGUGUGGAUCAUCCUGAGGAGAUAAGCAAGCUUGCCAAGGUGAAGGCUCAGGUUUCUGAAGUCAAAGGAGUAAUGAUGGAAAAUAUUGAGAAGGUUCUGGACCGUGGAGAGAAAAUUGAGCUUCUGGUGGAUAAAACAGAGAACCUUCGCUCUCAGGCACAAGAUUUCCGGCAACAGGGAACCAAGAUGAGGAGAAAGAUGUGGUUGCAGAACAUGAAGAUAAAGCUGAUAGUUUUGGGCAUCCUGAUUGCCUUAAUUCUCAUCAUAGUGUUAUCCAUUUGUGGUGGCUUCAACUGUUGAUGUGAACUUGUGUUUGGUUAGAGUUGAUGAUUAAAAUGAAUUGGUGCUGCUGUGUUGUUUCCGAACUUCCCCUAAAUGUUUACCUAUAAUUUUGUUUUUGUUACACGUCCUCCAUUUCUGCCCAUAGUCUGUAUUGUAAGAUGGUGCUUGUAUAGUCUGGACUGAAGUGAAUUUUUUUUCCCUAUAUUAGUAAAAGGGUCCCUUGAUGCGUGGAAGUUUGUCA